UUCAUCCCGUCAGAACCAACCAGAUACAAUAAUGAGACGAUCAGGAUUGUGUUGGUGGGGAAGACUGGAGUUGGGAAGAGCGCCACAGCAAACACCAUUCUGGGAAAAAAGACCUUUAAAUCUUUGACCAAACACUGUGCUAAGGCCUCUGGUGAGGUGGGUGGACAAAAGAUUGCUGUCAUCGACACUCCAGGUCUGUUUGACACCAGCACUGAUGAACAGACAACCACUCAACAAAUUUCCCAGUGCAUUACUUAUGCUUCUCCUGGACCUCACAUCUUCCUGGUCGUCAUCAGACUGGGCAGAUUCACAGAAGAAGAGAAGAACACAGUUCAGAAGAUUCAAAAAAUCUUUGGAGAGGAAUCAGACAAAUACAGCAUGGUUCUCUUUACCCAUGGUGACCUGCUCGAAGGGGGACAUAUUGAGGACUUCUUGGCAGAAAGCAAGGAGCUUCAGGAACUUGUGGCCAGAUGUAACGGUCAGUACCACGUCUUCAAUAAUAACCUGAAAGAUCGUUCUCAGGUCACAGAGCUGCUGAACAAGAUCAGAAAUAUAACAGAGAAGAACGGAGGAAGCCAUUACACCACUGAAAUGUUCCAGAGAGCAGAGAAGGCGAUUGAAGAGGAGAAAGAACGAAUCCUG